AUGGACCAGUCUAGAGCAGAACCUCCAAACAACCUACCUCCCUUGGUGCAGCGGCAGCUCGAAACAGCGGCUCAGCAAGUCUCCUCGUCUCGAGCAUCUGCGAACCGUGGGCGACAGCAACACCAUCAUCCGAACCAGCGUUGUGUUGCAUAUCGUGGACCAUCUCGCCGAGGGGAUUAUCCCAAUCGAGGCAGAGCUAGGACUUCACAACUCGUGCAACCUUUUCAUCAGCUCUCCAGAAAUCAGCAACCCUUCCCGAACCGUGGAGGCCAGCGUUCAAGAGGAUUGUCUUAUCAAGCCCGGCCUCUCUUCACUCGUCAAGAUCAGGCAGCCGUAGCAGGUCCUCACCCGCCAACGCCUCCUUCACCUAAUGCUCUUUCGACAUUUCAGCCGCCUCCACAUCACCCUCCAACUGACUCCCAUUUGGCUACAACUGUAACUUCUGAUUGCUCCUUCUCCAUUGCUGGGGUUCCUUCUGACACUUCUCAACAUCGACUUGCUUCAGAAGCCUUUCCAGCUUUAGGAUCCCAUCAGUUUGCUUCCCAGAACCUUUCACAACCUACGAAUAAUCCAUCUCAUUUCCGAUUUGAGCAUCAAAACUCAGCCACGUCUCAGUACGCACCUCAAAUGAGCGUCGACACUGCACAAAGGUUCUUUGAACGCGCCUCAACUGGAGCAUAUCGCGGCAAUGCAAAUUACUCACACGUACCUCAACGUUCGGGUCCCAAGGUUGGUGUUCCUACGUUUAUGACAGACCAGAACUCUCCUGCUCGUGGCAUUGCUACUCAGCCGCGUCUUUACAAUCCUGGUACAGAUCGUCGUCUGUGCGAUCCUAAUUCGCACUCGCAAGCCGACAUUCACCGUCAGUGCCAAUACUUAUCGUCUCUUGCAGAUAGAGAAACCAACAAGGAGCUGAACAGCAAAGAAUUGCAUGAGAAGGAAGCUUUCAGAAAGCGAUUGGAAAAAAUUGUUCAAAAGCUUGUUGCUGACUACGCUAAAGAUCAUGUCACAGUCAAUCCGAAGAACGUGCGACUUAAAUGUUAUGGCAGUCUUGCUAGUGGCUUCGCGGUCCCUGGGUCAGAUAUGGACCUACUUUUGAUAUUCCCAAAAGACCAAGGACCCGUUGGCCCUAUUGAGGUGGAGUCUCGCAGAAUGAUAGAAAAGUCACUCCUAGACCUUGGGUACGGGGCCCGUUUGUUGACGAAGACGCGGGUUCCCAUCCUUCGAGUGUGUCAAAAUCCAAAUGCUGAGCUUCUAGCAAGCCUGAGGAAGGAACGUGAACGAUGGGAAGAAGAAAUGGCACUUGAGGAGAAAGAGAGAACCCUCCUUGCUUCAGGUUUGGACCCCAAUAGGCUUCCUUCAGAUAUCACCGAUGAAAUGUCGGACGCCGCUACGGUCACGUUUGCGGAGCUCGAUGCCGAACCCUCCAUCAUACCUUUACCGCCAUCGCCAGUCCGUGCUCAUGCCAGUCUCGAGUACACGUCUGAUGUCGGCAUACAAUGCGAUAUCAACUUCUCGAAUUACGUUGCCAUCCACAAUACAACUUUACUGCGCUGCUACUGCAAAUGCGAUCCACGGGUCAGACCGAUGGGGCUUUUCGUCAAGGAAUGGUCCAAGGCGAGGAAAAUCAACACACCUUAUCAUGGAACACUAUCCUCGUACGGCUAUAUUAUGAUGGUACUGCAUUACCUCAUGAAUAUUGCUCAGCCACCUGUCAUUCCUAAUCUUCAACAUCUUGCAAAGAAUGAGGAUGCUUGGAAUAACAAGACAAAAAUCGAACUGUUCGAAGGCUUCGACGUGCGCUUCAUCCAGGACGAGGAUAUGCUUGAAAGACGUGCCCAAGCAGGGCAGAUGACGAAGAAUCGAGAGUCUCUUGGUUCACUACUUCGUGGGUUCUUUCGCUACUACACCGAUAGCCGCGGUUUCCAUUGGGUCAACGACGUUAUCUCAAUUCGUACGCAAGGGGGGCUGUUGACGAAGAAGUCGAAAGAGUGGACCGAGGCAAAGCGCGCUGGCAAAGACAAUUCUAUCAGACUGCGUUAUCUCUUCGCCAUCGAAGAUCCAUUUGAAACUGACCAUAACAUCGCUAGGACUGUAGGUCAUUCUGGCAUCGUCGCGAUCCGCGAUGAAUUUCGUCGCGCGUGGGACGUUCUGAGCAAGAUCAAAUACGCUGAAGGUCGCUGGGUGUGGUACACGGACCAAGGCGGGGAAGGUGAAGAUCUCUUCGCGAAGGCUGAUGAUCGUGGCGAUUUGCUCAGGCAAGACCAAGACUAUUACAAGGAGAAAAUGAGAAAGCUUAGGGAAAUGGAUAAGAAGCGGGAGGCCGAGCUGAAGUCAGCAGAUAAUGACAAAAGCGCCUCAGUCGAGAAGCCUGAUGGUAGGUGUUCGGUACCAUCCCAUCCAAGCGGUCCCCAGGGUAAAGCGAACGUCUGCGGACCUCGCUCAAACACCUCAAAACCUAAGCUAAUAAAUUCGGAUUGUGUCCUGCAGAAUAUUCCAGUCCGAAAAAUGAGGAAUCUGCAGAGGAAAAUGGCGCCAGCCACCGAAGAGAGAGUAAGCCAGGAGAACAAAGCAAACCCUAAUGUUGUGAAGAGCACAUCGAAGCACGAUGAUAUAUCUAAAUGGAUCGAGUCUACUGCAGAAGCCAGCCAUCGCACAGAGAUAGGUGUCGAAAGUAACCGGGAAAAGAAGUCUGAGGCUACGGUAGAUCGGAAGUCAUCGCCAAAACUUACGGAGAUUAAGCAGAAGAUUUUGGACGUCGUGGGCCCUCCCCAAAAGCGUCCUCUGAAGUCUUCUCUAAGUCCCACUGGGCCGAAAGUACAAUCCACUUUUCACACUGGUCAUGUCGCUUCCGUAUGUGCCAUGAAUGAUACUAACCGAUAUCCCACGAUCAAUGCCAAAAAUCCGCUUUCCGCAUGGGACGUGAGGAAUCGAAACGGACGCUGGUUAACAUGGCGUGAUGAAAAGAUCCGCGAAGGUACUUGGGCGACCCCCCAAAACCCUGUCCUCCGUGAUCUGGAUCUGCGAUAUCCAUAUGAUGCAGCUCGCGAGUUACCUGAUUUUGAGCAGCAGCACAGGAUUGCGAAUGUGCGAGCCAAACGUAAUCAAUACUUCCAGCGGGAAAAGGUCGACGGAGACUUCACCGAGGUCGAGGCACCUCCUGGCAGCCAGGUUGUUAAGUCUACUCGCAAAGAUUCAGCAAUAUCGAUGAGCAAGUCUAGGAAAUCUCUGGGUCCACAGUCCAAAUCUCGUCCUCAGUCUGGACUUCACAACCAGGGUCUUGAAUGUACUUCUGCUCAGCAGAGAGAUAUCCCAAAGCCCCCGUCUACAUCAGCUUUCACGUUAGCCCUCUCCUCAGAUAAUCCUGAAGUGAUCCCCGAUACCGAACUCGAGGUUGGGCACAUUCUGGAAGACGCUUUGCUUCCAACCUGUGGCCCUGACCCUCAAGACUACAGACAUGAUUUCCCUAUCCCUACUGCCUUGGACUUCGAAUUUGACCCAGCCCAGCUACGUGAUUUAGGUAUUAUAGCCCAGGGUGGAAGCGGAUGUGCACGAGGUAUUAUGGAGCAGCAAUAUGGUGCAUAUGACUACGACGGGUUCCGCAACAUUGAAUUGAGCAAUGAGUGGGGUGGGGGAGGCCGAAUGGGUGAGCUCGUCACCGACAGUGGAGGGGUACCGAUUGUGGACUUUUCGAGUCCUGAACCAAUGCCAUAUGUGCAGCGUGGAGACGAAGAAGGCUUAAUGAGGGAACUGCCUGCUGACUGGUAG